GGAUCAGGGCUGAAAGUAACGAAUGAAGGGAUAUGCAGGGAUAUGCAGGUAUGUGACUUGACAAUGUGGCUCAAAAGUGGCUCAAAAGUAGGCGACACGUUGUCUAUUGAGCGACUAUCCUGUUUUUGUAGUCUACGCGGAAUAGAUGGGAAAAUGUAAAAAAGGAAAACGACAAAAUUCGUGCAUUAUUCUACAUCUCCUCCUGCACUCCUGCCGAUCCCUUCACUGGACGUUGCCUUGCCGCGCAGUCCCCCAUUUCGAAGUGGAGAUAAGAAGAGCAGGGAUAUUCCGUAGGAUAAGAGAAACUGGUAGAAACAGUGCCAAGACGAGAAAUCGGAGACUUGGUAGUCAGUGCCAAGUGGCUGUCCCCGGCAGCACAACAACUCCACAUUGCUGACAGCAGCACCUUUUCUUGGCUGCGCCCCUCCAGGUCCAGUGUC